AUGAUCCAAAUCUACCAACAGCUCGCCAGCUGUGCGCCAUCCAAGAACGAGGAUGUCUACAUUUUUGCCAUAGCUCCCGUGGCGGGCCGUGGGCUUGCAGCUAUCACGUCUGCCGAUGAACUCCUCCUUCUCAAUAGGGACGACCUGGCUGUUUCCAACCCCGUGGGGAUCCAAGGUGUGCCCCAUGGGCUCUCUUCGUUGGCGGUGGAGGACCAGGGAACAACCGUUAUUUGCGCGGGAAACGAUGGAACCGUGGCCGUGUUUGACAUCCGAACUCAGUCGAGUGUUGCCCACUUCAAGUCGGCCAAACCUGUCAAUUCUUUGGCCUCCAGACUGAACGAGGUGGCUUUUGGCAGCGAGGCGGUUGUAUCCAUCUGGGAUCGAAGACAGGCGAAGCUAAAAUGGCAGAAUGCUGAGGUCAACGAUGAGAUCACGGCGCUGGACUUCCACCCCUCCAGGGAUAAUCUGCUCCUCAGCGGAGGCGAUGACGGUGUAAUCUGCGUCUUCGACACCCAAAUUCAAGAAGAGCAAGACAGUCUGCUCCAGGCCGUCAGUCAUGGUCCAAUUCAUAAGGCCGGCUUCUUGGGCCCCACAGAUCUAUACGCUUUGAGUUCGGACCAGAAUCUUGCAUUGCACUCUCUCACGGUUGAUGACGCAGAUGCUGAAGCAGAUCAGCCAGCGCCGGAUCAGUUGGGGGACCUGAGACAGACCGUCCCCUGCGAAUAUGUGAUUGAUAUCCUCCACAGCGGCACGGACCAUGUUGUGGCCUGUGGCUCGCACAGUAAUUCUCGUGUUGACUUGAUCCGACUAAGCCGAGGACUUGGACUCAGUCUAGACCAGCGAAUCGUGCUUGAAAAUGCUCAUGGAGGGGAAAUUGUCCGAUCAAUAUAUGCUGAUGAGACUGAUGGGACAAUUUUCACGGCAGGCGAGGAUGGACGCAUCAUGGCAUUCCGUCCACAGACUGGUAGUGGUCUACCUCCCACCCCUGCUAAAACAACGAAAUCCAAGAAGGCCCAAGAUGCAAGAUACAGGCCUUACUGA